ACCGAUCGAACCACAGCCGGGGCGUAGUUACCGCGCCGCUUCCGAACCAACAGUUUAUCAACACACGACACGAUGGAAUUAAAAGGAAAGGUGGCUCUCAUCACUGGAGCGGCCGCUGGAAUAGGCCUGGCUUACAGCGAAGAACUACUCAAACAAGGAGCGAAGGUUUCCCUUUGCGAUAUCGAUUCGGACCUCGGCGAACAAAUAUCUGAUGAGCUGGGCGCCAAGUAUGGCCGGAAGAACGUACUCUUCUGUCAGUGUGACGUCACUGACUACCCGCAAUAUGAAGAGGCGUUCGAGAUGACGAUGAAGGUAUUCAACCGACUGGACAUCGUCAUCAACAAUGCAGGAGUCAUGAACGACCGGUUCUGGGAGCUCGAAGUCGAUGUUAAUUUGAAUGGCGUGAUCCGCGGCACGCUGCUCGCGUACCGGUUCAUGGGCAAGGACCGCGGCGGGCAGGGCGGCACCAUCGUCAACACGGCGUCUACCGCCUUCGCGCGCCCUCAGGUCUCCACGCCCAUCUACACCGCCACCAACUACGCCGUCGUUGGUCUUACUAGGGCUUAUGGGGAUCAAUACCACGUGAAUCUGACAGGCGUGCGGAGUAUGGUCCUAUGCCCAGGGUUGACUGACACUGGGCUGGUGAAGGAAAUACGCAAACAACUCAUGUCUUCGGAGUACGAAGCUGCCUGGCAGAGGGAUAACGCUAACUGCAAAACUCAAAGUGCGGAGCAUGUCGGUCGCGCGCUGAUCGACAUCCUGACCAAAGGCCAGACGGGAUCCGUGUGGAUUGUGGAAAAUGGGCAACCGCCGAGGGAGUGGCGCGGUUAAGUUUAUAUCGGAGUCUGUUAAGCCCUGUCCUUGGGAAGGCUAUUGAAGGAUUGAAAGACGGAAAAACAUACGAGGAGGAUUCUUUACCUAUUCUGGCAUACAAAAUAGUGAACUAUUUUAAGAUUAUUGGCUCUGCGGAGUCUAUACGAAAACGCGCAAAGUAUAUUGAGAGCUUCGACCAAUAGCCGUACGAUAUUUAUCCACGUAGAUAACAUUCGCUGCGUGUAUUGGUCGAAGCCCUCGAUCGCCGUGCGUAACUCGCGGUUGAUGUGCAGACCCCACAGUCAAAAAAAAAAGUGAGGUAAAAAAACUAAUAGUGUUGCCAGUUAAUUUGUCAAAACAAUUUGCUAAUUAUAAGCAAAAAAAGUCGUAGAUUCAAGCCCUCUUAUAGACAGUGUAAGUAGUCAUUAUCAAAAAUAUGGGCGUAAUGUUAUAAUCAUUGAUAUUAUAGGUAUAUACGGUUGGAUAAUAUGGAAAGGUCGCCAUUCGGUGUGCGUCAAGCUAGCGGCCUCAAAAAAAAAUGGGCACGAAAAAAUAAUUUGACCAUACCAAAAAAUAGUACUCUUAUUGAAAAAAAUAGUACCUGUUGUAAAAAAAUUAGUACCAUCACGGUUCUGGAUUUAUAGCCAUGUUUUAUUGCACUUGCUAGCUUGACGGUGAGCGAAAUUUGGCGAGAGUUAACGACAAGGUCUUUCGCUUUGAUUUAAACGCCAAAAAAUAGUAUCGAAAUAGUACUCACCCCCUGCAAAAUACCGAAAGUAGUACUUCAACGGUUCCAAAGUUAUAAAGGUAGUUCUUUGAUCCCGCUAGCUUGACGUUUUGAAAAUACCUAUUAUCUGGGGAAUGCUUGCAUACUUCAGUUUGUAACUAAUGUCAAUAAACUCGUAUGAAAUAGUACUCCCUACCAUCAUAAUUUGGACCUGAUUCUCUUUGUAGAAAUAUGUCAAAAAGUCAUUAUAACCUAUGUCAUACAUUUAUCAAGACAAGUACAGUCGCGAACAAAAUUAUUACACAUGGUCAAGAAUGUUGUCAGAUUUCAGUAUUUUUCCCCAUUUUUGGGUAAAAAUUGGUGAAGUGCCAGGGUUGUUAGAUGAAAGUAAUAUCAUUGUUGAAACUCUUUGAGUUAUUCUACAAAUACUGCAAAUUGUUUAUUAACAAACACUUCGAUCCGUAACAAAUUCAACAUGAAGGUAUAAAUUAUAAAAUAAAACAGCAGAUUAAAAAUGUAUUAUGAUGUAUUAAAAUCACAGAUUGUUUUCGAUAAGAACUAGACCCAUGCAGCCAUUUUCUAUUAAAAUUAGUGCAUAUGGGUGUAUGCAAUAGGAUUUUUUUGUAAUAGCAGCACUGAAGUGCAAAGAAAUGGUAGGGUAGACCUCCAAAAUGGCAAUACUUACGAAUAAAUUGUGAGGUUAUGUAAUUGUCUACGUGACUGUAUCAACAACAAAUGUAUGGCAUAGGUUAUGAUGAUUUUUUAACAUUUCUACAAAGAGAAUCGGAUCAAAAUUAUGAUGGUAGGGAGUACUAUUUCAUACGAGUUUAUUGACAUUAGUUACAUACUGAAGUAUGCAAGCGUUCCCCAGAUAAUAGGUAUUUUCAAAACGUCAAGCUAGCGGGAUCAAAGAACUGCCUUUAUAACUUUGGAACCGUUGAAGUACUACUUUCGGUAUUUUGCAGGGGGUGAGUACUAUUUCGAUACUAUUUUUUGGCGUUUAAAUCAAAGCGAAAGACCUUGUCGUUAACUCUCGCCAAAUUUCGCUCACCGUCAAGCUAGCAAGUGCAAUAAAACAUGGCUAUAAAUCCAGAACCGUGAUGGUACUAAUUUUUUUACAACAGGUACUAUUUUUUUCAAUAAGAGUACUAUUUUUUGGUAUGGUCAAAUUAUUUUUUCGUGCCCAUUUUUUUUUUGAGGCCGCUAGCUUGACGCACACGCCAUUCGUAAAACCUAGUAGUGUCUGAUUGGGAAAAUCGUUAUUUUAAUACUAACUUUAAAGUUAUGAGUAUAAAGUUAAGAGGGCUAUAAACAACAAUGUUUAUGAUACUAAAUAAGAACGUAUAACAGGGUUAAAAAGGCCACAUCGAAGCAAUUCAUCUAAAAAAGCAAUAUUGCAAUUUGACAUUUACGCACAUAAAAGUAAGUGCGCAAUGCAAACAAAUGUCAAAUUGCAAUACUGCUUUCUUAGAUGAAUUGCUUCGAUGUGGCCAUUUUAACCCCCCAGAUAUCAGACAAAUGUAAUGACUAACAUGCUUAAAAAAGAAUGAAAUUGACAAUUGUUUCCCCAUGUAUAUUUAAAACGUAAUCUUUUCGUAGUAAAUAACGAUCUGGUUGUGUAAAUAUUUCCUUCGUAGUGAUACGAUAGGCCUCGUCUAAGGGAGCAGAUUUUUUUAAUAAGAUAUUUUAUUAAAUAUGUAUAAAUGCUUAAAUCGUAAGCACGUAACUAUUGUGUACGUACUUACAUAAUUUUAACCCAUAUAUACCCUGAAUACCUAUGUAAGUAUUUUAUAAGACAUUUUGAAUUUAAUGCUUUAAAACGUAUGUUACGAAUGUAAAACAUUUUGUUUAUAUUUUGUAAUGUUACAUUUUAGUAAUUUACCAUUUGUGAAUUUAAUUAUUGCCAAAGAUAUUAUAUUACCUACUUUUGUAUGUUUUUUAUACUUUUUGUAAAAGUUUGUUGAGGAGUCACAUAAUAAAUGCUAUUGGCUAAGUACAUUGUGUACAAGCUUCUGUUUUAGUUUGCAAAUAAAAUAUUUAAAAAAGAGAA